AUGUGUCGAAAGGUGAGAAAUUCAACAGGUAAAUGGCAUAUGCCACGGUUAAAAUCAAUAUUUAAAGGAACUUUACGAUAUGCAUCAGUAAAUGCAAUAAUUACACAUCAGUGUGGACCGUGUGAUGAUAUGAUGGGAUGGAUUUAUUCAAUUAUUGAAUUGGCAUUAUCAAAAUUACCAUGGGCAAAAAGUGCGCUCCGUGAUAUGGUACAACAAAAGUUAACAAUUACCGGUGAACAGUUAUGUGCUCAGAUGCCACCACCAUUUUUGCAAUGUCAUAAUUAUAUUCAAAGUUUAAAACCAACCGAAAUGCCACAUCAUAAUUUUAUCAAUCAAUGCCUCAAACGAUGUAUUCCAUUGAAUGUUAAACCAAAUGAUCCAUAUGAUUGGGAAAUUAUCAACAAUACUUAA